CACUGCUAAUAAAAGAUGACCGUGUUUGACCUGAGGCACAGGUGCAACACUUUGAAUGUGGAGGAGUCGCUCAUGAUGGUCGCACGCUUCGGUUUACGCUCACAGAUUAUUAUCGUGAUUUUGUGUUGCACAUGGUGUAGUGCUGACAUUUCCUGUAGAAAUGAAGCCGGUGAGCCUGUUGAUUGGUUUAUCAUCUACAAGCUGCCCAGGUACCAGAUUGGUCAAGUGGGCAGUGGGGUGGAUUACAUGUACCUGGACUCCUCAGUGGGGAGCUGGCAGAUGAGUAAAUUCAUGGUGAACACCAGUCAAGGAGCCAUAGGGAGCACACUUAACCAGCUUUACAAGGGAAAGGUCUACAUGUCUAACAGUUCAGUCUACGCACUCUACAAUGAUGGACCACCGAUCCUGGAUUACAAACAAGAAUAUGGACACACUAAAGGGGUUCUGCUCUUUGACCGCGCUCAAGGUUUCUGGCUGUCGCACAGCAUCCCCCAUUUCCCCUCGUUCCCUGAGAGGGGCUACCUCUACCCCUCCUCUGGCAAAGUCAACGGCCAGACUGCUCUCUGUGUGACCUACCACUACAGUCAGUUCCUGAGUAUAGCGAAACAGAUGGCGUAUCUUUACCCGCGUUUCUACAACUGCUCUGUACCUGCUGCAUUCUCGGCCGACCUACCACAGCUGGCUCAGUUAUGUGAGGGCACCAAACCAACACUGGCCUCAGAUAAGAGUGCGCAGCAGCUUUUCACAAUCCGAGGAGACAAGUUUCUCAGUUUUGUCAAAUCCGAAAGCUUUGUGGAUGACAUCUACACAGGCUGGGUGGCUCAGGCUCUGGAUGCCGACCUGCUGGUGGAGAGCUGGCAGACACAAGGUCACGAGCUGCCCUCCAACUGCUCCCUGCCCAGACAUGCCCUGAACAUCAAGAGGGUGCAGCUCCCCGGACCGGUCCGCUUCCAGUCCCACUACGACCACUCAAAGUGGUGCGUGUCACGGAUCUAUGAGGACCAGGUGACCUGCCUGGGGGAUCUGAACAGGGAGAAAGCCCAGCAGUGGCGUGCUGGGGGGCUGGUCUGCUCCUUCAACCCCCUGAUUUACAAGGCCUUUAGACAGGUGGUGGACUGGUACAUCGGUUGUUGAACGAGAGAGAAAGAUUAUUGGUAUUGGAUUUGUCUCACACAGAAUCGGUUGAGUCUAUACUCAAACCAGAUUAAAUCUGGUGAUGUGUGGAGUUAGACAGUGUUAUAUUUUUUUUUUACAUUUUACAUUUUAGGGCAUUUAGCAGGCACUUUUGUCCAAAGCAACUUACAGUGAUUCAUACAUACAUUCAUGCAUUGAUGGUGAUGGCUGCCAUGCAAGGUGCCGACCAGCACAUCAGUAGCAAGGACACUUCAACAUGCAGACCAGGAGAAUUGAACCAGCAGCCUAGCUCUACCCCUAAGCCACAGCCGCCC